AUGUUACGGUGGACGUUUCUUGCUUAUGAUUCUUUAACGACGGAUGAUGACGUGGUAUUGUUCGUUAAAGGGUUAAAUAAUCGUCAAGGGAUUAACCGUGAUCCUAACGAAUUUAACUGUAUUUUUGGUUAUGAGGGUAAUAUGGUAAUUAGAACUAAUGUGACUAGUUCAGUGCAAGAAGUGUUUAGAUGUAACCGCCCUGAUUUAACUGUUUUUGGGAAAGGAGAGAGAGUUAUGGUUUCGAUUGAAGUUGUACUUCCUGUUAGAGUGGUUGUACCUUCCGUCGCGUAUUAUAACAAGCCAAGGAAAUUGGGAAGUAACGAGAAGUCAGAGAGAGCUCGACUUUGUGCUUGUACCAUGGUGUAUAAUGUUGGGAAAGUUUUGAAAGAAUGGGUUUUGUAUCAUUCGAGAAUCGGGGUUGAGAAAUUCGUGUUGUAUGAUAAUGCUAGUGAUGAUGAUUUAGGACAAGUUGUCGAUGAGCUUGUUCAAGAAGGUUAUGAUGUGAAAACGUAUUUUUGGUUAUGGCCAAAAACUCAAGAAGCUGGUUUUUCACAUAGUGCUAUUUAUGCAAAGGAUUCUUGUUCUUGGAUGAUGUAUAUUGAUGUGGAUGAAUUUGUGUAUUCACCAUUAUGGUCUAAUGUAUCGCGUCCAUCGAUAUCUUUGUUACAUUCUCUGUUACGAAAUCCUAAGAAUUUACAAGAUCCGUCACUUGUGAAGAGACAGGUUGCGGAAGUUAGCAUCCCGUGUUAUGAAUUUGGACCAUCGAACAGGAGGUCUCAUCCGAUAAUGGGAGUGACACAAGGGUACAAUUGUAGAAGAAAAAUGGAGAAUCGACAUAAGUCUAUUGUAUACUUGGAUGCUAUUGAUCACUCUUUGCUCAAUGUGAUUCAUCAUUUCAAAUUGAAGCAAGGAUACAAAGAAAAGAAAGUGAAUGUUCGUGAAAUGGCGGUGAACCAUUAUAAGUUCCAAGCUUGGCCUGAAUUUAAGGCCAAGUUUAGGAGAAGGGUGUCGGCUUAUGUUAUCGAUUGGACAAAAGAAUUAAAUCCUCGUUCGAAUGAUCGAACCCCAGGAUUAGGAUUUAGUCCUGUUGAGCCUAAAGGUUGGCCAAUGAAGUUUUGUGAAGUAUAUGAUAAUGGUUUGAGAGAUUUGACACGGAGAUGGUUUGCACGAAAGGCUCCAAUGCCAUCACGUUACCGAAUGGCUUGGCAAAGAUGA